CAUUACUCAAGUUUUGGUCGAAAAGAAGAAAAUUCAAGAGACGUGGAGGAAAAUCCUCAGGAGACGUUCAGGACGAAAAAAAAUGAAGCACAAAAUGAGUGUCACGUUUCAAUUAGCUGUUUUCUUAAUCCCGAUAUUUUUCGGAGAGAUUUCAAUGGGGAAACCGCUGACUCCUGAAGACGUGGAGGGUUUGUUACCACCGACUCCACAAGAUAGAAAUGAAACCAUAGCUGCAGUCGUUCAGGAUCCAGUUGUCCAAGAUGCUGUGCAUCAUGCAGCCAGUAAUGGAUCUUUGAAUGGACUGGUUGUUAAGAAGAAUGUCUUCAUAAUGCCAGCCACUAAUCCAAAUUUGGUGCUCUCAAAACGUGAGCACAUUCUGGUCGUUCCCACCGAAAACUUGGAAGACGUACGAAAGAAUAUUACGGAGACGAAGCAAGCACAGGCUCAAGAGACCUCCACGUUAGAAAAUCAAGCAUUCUUCGAAGACGACGCAAGUGAAUACGCGCCAGAGGAAGGCGAAAGUGGAUCAGAAGAAAGUAAAAGUGAAGGAAAUAAAAUGGCAAAGGAAUCGACAUUAUCGAAUGAGAAACGCAAAAGCGAAACUGAAUUCCUGAAAGACAAGAUUAUUAAUUCCGGCUCAGCGAUACCGGAGGACACUUCUGCUUCGAAGAAGGUGGCAGUUCCUAUUGUAGCGGUCAUCGAUCCUUCUAACGCUAAAAAGGGCAAGGUGAACAGCCCAAUCGUGGCGAUUUUACCCAAUCAGGUGAACAACGGUGCUCUGAACAAUCAGGUUCAAUUUUUGAAGGACAACAGCGAGAAGAUCCAGAAGAAGGCGCAGGAUUACGUGGACAAGAGCUCGUUGACAGUAAAUACUGAUUAUUGGACGUCGUCCACGCCGUCGGAGCCUGCUAUUGUCUCAUCGCCGACACAAGGAACCGUUCCAGCCUCUCUGUUCACGGACCGCGAGCCACCGAGCUACACGGAAGACAUAUUUCUGACGCCGGUGAUGGUCUCGCAAUGGGAUGUGUUCGUGCCAUCUUUAAAGGACAACGACCAGACGGAUUACUCGGGAGAAACAGGUGACAUGGACGUUGCUGAAGACGUUAUAUUUAGGCCACUGUUUAGAUACCGACAGGAAACGCAGCAGCGGUCUAGAUACAAUGACGAAAACAAUCGACGAUACGGUAGCUACGGCGAUUAUUAUCCGAGACGCGCUUAUGUUUACAGACCUCGAUACGACGAUUAUUAGAAACGAGGAGGAUUAGCUUGAAAGGACGAAGAGGGGGAAUUUACGCUUGGAUAAACGAGAACGGAAGACAUUUUGGUGUAACGCGUUCGUUGUGUAACUGUGUCCGCCUAUGCGCCAUGAUUAUACACAUACUAGACGCUUUUAUUGGCAAUAAAUAUUUGUUUCGUUUCAUAACGAGUUUUCGUUUAAUGAUCACAGGUGAACCGAUGAUG